CGAGAGGCCAGCUGGGUGUGUCUGAUAUAAGGGGCAGCCGGCAUGGACAGGGACUUCCAGCAGUCCCACCAGUCUGCUGGAAUCAUGGAACUUCCCCUGCUGUGGGCACUGAUGGUGGCGGCAGGUGUGAUUCCAACCCAGGGCGGGAUCCUGAACCUGAACAAGAUGGUCAAGCAAGUGACCGGGAAGAGGUCUUCCUUCUCCUACUGGCCCUAUGGCUGUUACUGUGGGCUCGGUGGCAGAGGCCAGCCCAAAGAUGCCUCGGACUGGUGCUGCAAGGUUCACGAUUGCUGCUACGCCCACCUGAAGACCCACCGAUGCCGCUUCCACAUGGAUCACUACAGUUAUAACUUCUCCCAGGGGGAAGUCCACUGCUCUGACAAGGGGAGCUGGUGUGAGCAGGAGCUGUGUGCCUGUGACAAGGAGGUGGCCUUCUGCUUGAAGCGCAACCUGGACACCUACAACAGGCACCUGCGUUUCUACUGGCGGUCCCGCUGCGAAGGCCAGACCCCCAUGUGCUAGAAGCCGCCCCCCUGCCCUGCUCCUUGGCGCCUUGCACUCUGGACGUCCCACAGAAUCGCUGACAUCCCAGCCCCACGACCAGGCUUCCCCUACCUUCCCAGCACUCCCCACGUGCCUCCUGACCUAGCUCCUUCCCACUGAAGCACCAGCCAACUCCUCUGGGGUACAUCCAGGUCUCCAGAAAAGCCAAGGCCAGGAACUCCCCAAAAUGCUUUUUGGGCCAAAGCAGCAGGGGUGGAGACAGACGUCUGGGGGCAGCUGUGGCAGGUCCGUAGUGUGGGACUGGCUCCGUCUCACUGCCCUUCACCUGCUGUACCCCCAUCUCAUGCCCUUGAUACUCCCUCCAAGCUGCAAAGGGCAAUUUUGAACCUCUGUCCAUGUGACUCUCUCUCUCUUAAAACCCGAAGGUCUUCCCCUGUCCUAGGAUAAAGCCUCUCUUCAGACCCCACAUCGUCUGGCCCUGUGUCCCUCUCCCUGAAGAGGCUCUGAGGUCACUUCAUAUGGAGCCCACGCCUGUCCUGGACAGAGAACUGAGAAGGUGCUCCGUCAGUCCCUCUGGGGGCUUGGGCGCCAAGGCCUCAGUAUUUCCUCCUGCCUCUGGGUGUCUGCUCAUGGUGGGCCUCCUGCAGAAAUGCUCCUGGGGCCCUUUCCUGAAGGACAAGUCCUCCCAGCUCCUCAGGGUCAAAGGGCUGCUUCCAGGAGGCUCCCCAGGCUGACCCCUCUGCCCCUGCUGUAGCUCCCAUAGCCCCUCUUGGCUCUGCAGCUUGCCCAGCUUUACCUUGAAUGGUACCUGGAGCUUCUCUAAUCUCCCUCACCAACCCUGGUGCAGACAGAGGAAGGCCCAUGUCUGUUCCUUGUGUCCUCCGCUCCCCCCCGCCCCCGCAAUGGGUGCUCAGUUAAUAGUUGUGAAUCAAAUGAGCCCAUAAUGGAUAAAUUGUAGCAGAUAUUGUGGGUGUACCAUCCAGAGCCCCUCCAGGCCUGGGCCCUCCUCCCCCAGAGCAGCUGGGUGUUGGCUACUAAGCACUCAAAUCUGCCUCUUUGUCUUAAGGGUUGCCCUUGAUCUUUUGGAAAUUGCCUUGUCUCCACCCCAUAUCCCAUGAUCAGGAGAGUCAAUUGGAGGAUAAAACUGUCCAGCCUCUUUGCCUCAAUGCAGGACCCCAGAAUUCCUUCUGGGACCAAGCCGAGGCCAGACUUCUAGAACCACUUCACCAUGUAAUCUCGCCCCCAGCCUGGCCUAUUUUCCUGGCUCCCUCCCAGGUUCCUCCAGAGGACACUCCCUCAAUAAAUCACUUGCA